AAUGCAGAGUUACAUGUAAGAAGGAAUGUAAAUAAAACAACUGAGACACAGAAAGACUUCAGGUAGCAAGAUGUUGUCAACAAAGGGGGAGCAGAGAACAUUCAGCAAUGGGCGUCUGAGAGACCAGUGGGAGAAGAGAGCCCAGAGCAUCGCCAACGAGAACAAAAAAGAGGAAGAGUGGAAGCAGAAAAGUUCCAUCAAUCUGCUCUUCUCAAAAUGGAACUAUCACUGGCUUGUUGCUAAUGGAGACAAGAUGAAAGGUGGCAUAAGUGAGUUUAGGAGGGUCACGAGCAGUGCAGCUGAAGCAGAAAAAAACAAGCCCAGAAUUCGAUUCAAAGUUGUCCCUCCUCCUCCUCCCAAACCCAAAGCCGACCCUCCUCCUCCACCUCCUCCGAGAAGUUCAGCGUCACCCAGACUUCGAAGGCAAAAGCGCAAAGUAGAGGUUGAUGCAUUUCGGAUCUGCUGGAAGGACUCCUGGAUGAGCUUGAAGCCACCAAAGUAUCUUUUUUUGAGAGCCCAAGAGUUGCAAACUAGAUUUCUAGGGUUCACAACCAUAGAGCUGACUAAGAACACCGAGUACAAAGCAAAGGGGAGCGGACUGGAGGGUGAAUGGAUGUUUCCUACGCAUAAGUGGAAUCAAUCUUGGAAACAGGUGAAGAGUCCAGCCCAGUUGGAGCUUUCUGAGGCAAAACAGUUUCAUUGGGAUAUUCUAUUUGAAAGAGAGAACGUUUGUAAGGUUGAUAUAGAAACGUAUUCUCUUCCUGUUUGGGCUGGCACCUGGAAGAUCAUGAACUUUCCUUUCAGGCAGGAGAAAAAGGACUGGGAUCAUCUCUGGCCUGAUUACCAACAAAAACUAAGCAACAACUUUGAUCAAGUACAACAACUAGAGGAGGAGGAUGAACCCUUUGACUGGGAGGAUUCAUGGAAAAUGUCUGGAGCAGAAUUUGAAACAGAAGAGUUCACAGAUGAUGAGACGCAAAGUGAGAGUUCCUUCAGUGCAGACACUGAAGUUAUGAUGACUAUAACUGAUGUGUGCGUGCCAGGAUGGAGCAAAUCCUGGCUACUUUCAGCAGCUCCUCCAGAGGAAGGUGAAGAACGCCAGAAAAGCUGGAGCACGUGCUGGGGAUACAAGCAGCAGCUCAGGUGGUGCAAAGCUUCUGUGAACUCCAAUCAUCAACACAGUGCCAUGCUGGAGAGAAAACGCAAAGCUACAAACUUCCUCUUGACAUCAGAGUUGGACGAGGGGAUGAGAGACAGCACUGAGUGGAUGGACGCCUGGAAGGCUCCAAGAGGAUGGUUUAAGGUAGAGGAGGAGGAAACAGAGGAGGAGGAGGAAGCAGAGGAAAUAUAUGACACAGGGGAGGAGGAGGAUGAAGGAGUGGAUAAUGAGGAUGGAGAUAUGGAUGAGGAAGACGAGGAUGGAAAUCUGGAUGGUGUGGAGGAGGAUGAAGGAGUUGCAGAGGAGGAAGCUUUCAACAAAAAUAAUGUAGACAAAAAACCAGAAGAGGAAGGGAAAAUAGAAAUAGUUAUAGAAACAGAAGAAAAAGACCUUAACAAGAAGUCUGAAAAUGAUGAGGAUGAUGAGGAAGAAGAUGAAGGAGUGGAUGAAAAUGAUGAGGAGGAGGAAGAGGAAGAAGAGUAUGAAGAUACUGACAACAAGAAGGAGGGAGAGGAAGAAGACAAUGAAGAGGAACAGGAUGAAGAUGGUGGAAGGGAGGAUGGAAACAAAAAAGCCAAUCAAAAAGAUGGCAAUGAAACAGAUGAUGAUGAGGAGGAGGAGGAGGAGGAAGAAGAGGAGGAGGUGGAGGACGGGGAUGAAAAAAUUGAGGUAGAGAAGCAGGAAAAAGAUAACACAAAUCAAAAUGAUCAGGGUGAAGUAGAAGAGGAAGAGCAGGACAGUGAAUUAAAUGAACAUGAAAAGGAUGACAAAGUGGAAACGCUAAAUGAGGAAGGCACAGACGAAGAAGAGGAAGUGAAUGCAGAAAUAAAGGAAGAAGAGGAGGAGGAAGACAUAGAAGAUGAGGAAGAGGAGAACAAGAAUGGCAUAAAUAAAGAGAAAGAAAACCAUGAUGGUGGCAGGGAUGAAGAUGCAGAGGUAGAUGAGGAAGACGAGGAAGAUGAGGAUUAUAAUAACAAUGAGGAUGACACAAAUUUAUGUGAGAAAGAAAAAUACAAAGAGAUGGACAAGAAAGAUGAAGGUGAAGAAGAAAACGAAGAAGAAAAAGGGGGAGAAGAGGAAGAAGAAAAAGAAGAAGAAGAAGAAGAAGAGAAAGAAGAAGAAGAGGAGGAGGAAGAAAAAGAAGACAGAGAAGAUGGUGGGGAUGUAAAAAAUAAAGCAGAAGGAAAUAAGAGUAGUAGGGUUAAUGUAGAUCAGGAGGAAGAUGAAAAAGAUGAAGAUGAAGACAAAGCUGAUGAAGAUGAAGAAGAGGAUGAUGUGCAAAAGAAUGAAGGCAAUGAAGUAGAUAGUGAGGAUAAAGAAGAAGAGAAAGAAGCAGACGACGACCAGGGGAGUGAUGAGGAUGGUAAAGACAAAGAGGAGAAUGAAAAUGUUGACAUGGAGGAAAGUGGUGUAAUAUCUGAGAAAGAUGAAGAAGAAAUGAAAGAGAAUGACAAAAAAGCUGACCAUCACAAGGAUGAGGAAGAGGAGGCGGAGGAUGAAGAGGAGGAGGCUGGUGAGAAAGAAAAUGAAGCAGAGGUUAUAGUCGGGAAAAACACAGAAGAAGAAAAGAAGGUGAAGAAGUCACAGAAACAAAUGAAAUAUAAGCCCGUUGUCCCACUCCAUCUGCAGUUCCACAAACUGAACGCCUGCUUUCCCUCCUGGAAGCAAUCAUGGAUGGUGGCAGUAGCUCACAGAGGAGGUUAUGAUGGUGAGGAUGAGGAUUAUGAAGCGGGCGAGGAAUCGGAGUUGAGAGCUUGGAAGGAUUCAUGGAGGAUUUGUCGCUAUAGGAAGCCAGAUGAUGAUGACGUGGUGUGUUUCUCUAUGGAGCACCGGAGUCAGCGGUAUAUGGGACUGACGCAUGAAAAAGACGGCAUGCCAAAGAGUGAGUGGACUCUGAGCUGGAAAAUGAACAAAGAAAAAGAUGAAGAUGAAGAUGAAGAAGAAGAGGAAGAAGGAGAGGAAGAAGAAGAAGAGGAAAGUUAAAAUUUUCUGAGAGGGGAAAUUAGAAGGGCUGGAUGGUAUUUAUACCUGAUAUGAACUAAAUGUGCCAAAAGCUGGGACUGUCAUGUCUUAUUUCAGACGCUGAACAGAGAUGCAUUUAAUCCAAACGUCUGUUCUGCAUGUUCAGGUUUAGGCUACGCUACUGGAAACCUGCAAAAACAUGUUUAUUUCAACUGUUGAUGCCAUCAACAACCUCACAUGCCCAGAAGGAAGUUGCUAAUGCAGUUAGCCAUUUAUGUGUUUACUUUGGGACAGAUUUGAAAACUAGAGUCGUGAUUUUUUUUCUUUCUUUCUUUAAAAGCUUCAGAGAAUUUAUGCUUCUUAUAUAGUUUGGUGCUGUUUUGUGAGCCUCCUUGCUUGCCUGAAUGUCAACAAUCGAAAGUACAAAGUUAGCAUGACAAUUAAUAGUAGCUAUGUGAGCUAGCCAGCUCUCAGUCAGUAAAAACAAUAGCAUUAACAUAAGCCCGGAAAUCCACAGUUCAUUAUCAGUGGCUUUCAGCAAGAGUUCUCCAGGUUUUCUGAAGGUCUUUGAGAGGUUUUUCUUUUCAGUCAUUUUCAGUCCAUUCCUUUUCCUUCCCAUUUUCAGAGAAAUAAUUUUUUGUUGAGUAUUUGUUAAGCAUGAGCCACUUAACACUGGCCUAACUCAAUGGAUAAAACAGUGUAGCCUAUACAUAACCUAGCAAAGAACCUGUUUUAAAGCAUUAUUUUACUAGCAGUCUGUUACAAAGACACAUAAAUCAUAAAACCCAUGAAAUAGUAUUUCUGCAUGAACAAAGAACUAUUAAUUGAAAACUUGGCGUAAAUUGAGUGAGAUGCAUCUGGCUUUUGAUUCAUCUGCUGCUUCCCAAAGUCACAUCAGAAAUGGUCUCAGUGGAAAGGUGGCUGUCGAGAAGCCAUUCAUACAGAGGGGAGACAGGGAGAAAGACUGAGGAGUGCCAAAUUACACAAGUACUGGACUGAAAAUGCACUUUUUAGUUAAUAGCUGCAUCAUUUAAGGAAAUGAGUGUUGGCUCAAGACUUCAGCACAAAGCUGCAUAUUCUUGCCAUGUAAUGUUUGACUAAUAUAUGGUAUCAAAUGCCUUGGAGUGGUUGAAACGAAGAUAAAGUGCUGGACAGCUUAAGAAGAAUGUAGCAAAGGAGCCAAAAGCCAGUUGGCCUCUUUACUCUCAGCAUUCAAUGCUGACAAGUUUAAAAACUAUAAUACUUUUGGCUGUGCUAGCCAUUGCCAUGACAUUUGGUUUCCUUCUAGACCCAUUUAUAAUUAAUCAUCCUAAAAUUAUAGCAAUUAAUUUGAUAAGUACACUCAGGGAGCAUAUCCUCCACAAAGGCCAACAUAAAUUUCACAGUUAAAAAAAAAGUUAUCCAGAUAAAAAGCAUGAAAUGUUAUGGGUUCUUCACUGGCUGAUGCUCCACAGUAUCAUUUGAUUAAACUUUAUAAAAUUCUUGUCUUUGACUUGAGAAAUUUAAUAUUAAAAAUGAUAAUGCACAAGGAAGUGUCCUGCUGUAAGAUUACAAUAUUAUUAUUUUCACGUUUACAGUUGUAGCUGCUUUUUCAUCCUCUGUUACUAAAUGUCUGCUAACUGCCUUCCACUGCUAGACUGUUUGUGCCAUUAAAUAGCAAAGCUCUGAGGGUGAUAAAGAUGUACAGUUUACCCCACAUCAAAACAUAAAAAUCAAUGUUGAUCAAAUCUUGAUCUAAUGGCUGUAAUUGGUUAACACGAUUUACUGACAGGGUAAAAUAUGAAGCACUUUAAGAGAGAUGACUGAGGUUUCUCUGAUUUCUAAAGUAAGAAAAUGUCAUAUUGGGGUUGUUGGAUGGAAGAGGCUG